CUGCUUCUGACACCGGCGGUUCCGAGCACUGCAUCUUCAUCUGCUUGAAGUCGACGGACACACCUACCCCAGGAGAUAGAGAUAAGCAACCUCGCUGGUCACACAUCUAUAUGCAGCAGCAUGGAUACCACGGGCAGAAUACCGCUCGUCAUAACCAGCUGGUCUUCACGAAGAGCGCUACUUUAAUAAGCAGUCAUGAUGCUAUUUUUAAAGAAAGAGACAGCUCAUGACAUUUAUGGAGACUGGGGAUCUGCCAGCCAGUAAGUACCCUUUUAACAAGCAGAUCUCUCCGCACGGUUUAUCGGCGUUCCACGUGAUCUCCGGAGCCGGCGAGGACUGUCAUUGUAGCGGGUGCCUGGAGGCAUAAAGCCCGCAUCACUUUCCUCGGAGACUUUCCGGGACGUAAGCAGCAGCAGGAGAGCGAUAUGGUAUUACCUUCCAGCCGCUCCUACUUUCGCAUCUGCCUGCCUUUCCAGACAACCUUUUUAUAAAUCGGCUCGAACUCAAAACUAUCCGUAGGAAACCAUGCAUCGCAGGGCGCGAUUCAUGAAAAGAAGACACCGUGAGAUUUGUUUAAACUAUCCUGCACCGUCAAACUGAUGUCACUUUUAAGAAACUGUCAGCUGUCUUAAGCUAGUGCCGAGGAAGACUUGCUAAAUCCAAGUAAAGGGGAAGACUCCUUAUAGAAACUGCAGAAAAGCGGUACUUGGCUAACUGGUUCCCACCUCUAUGGUAAUUGUCGACACCUUAAAGGUCCCUGCGGCAGGGCUGACAGGAGAUGCCCUGGGUGGAAUGUAAGACAGCGGAUCCUCGGUGCGGCAGGCGCAGACUGAGGACUCUGGCCAUGAAGCUGCCCUGCUUCUUCUGGUUCCUCCUGCUGUUCGGAGCUGGGGGCCUGGUGCUCUUCACACACCUGCAGGACCUUUCCGAGACAUUCCAGCAGCAAGCUCCAGGGGGCCAAGGCCAAGCUUGUCUUGCGAACCCCCCCCCACCAAGAAAACUGACGUUCAACUCACUUCCUCUACAACGCAAGUACUUCGGGAAACCUAGACAAUUGCAUAUACUGCUUAUAGCUACAACCGGACAUGUUUAUAUAGAUGGUUUUUCAUGUAAAUCUGGCCCUAGGCAACAGCUCAGCCUGCCUACGCCUAGAUCCAAUCCUCCCUACAUGUUAACGUUAUAUAGCCUAACAUGGUUACUUUUCCAUUAAGGAUUUUAAGUUUCAUAAAUAACAUUAGUCUGACUAUACUGCUAGCAGAAAACUGUGCCCAGGUAUCUAUGACUUGCAUAUUCUACUAAAACUACUGCAGGUAUUUUAGUUGUUUCAGGACCUGGCCUCCUAACCAGCAAUAACACUUAAGGCGCUUAAACCCUAAUGAGACACAGCAACCCGAGUCAACAGCUACUGUAAGUGUGUUGACACUUUAUAAAAAGGAUCAGGUAAAAAAAAAGUGGGAAAAAAUAGUUAAUCUGUGUUUAUGUUUUGUGACGUCUCUCCUUCAUGGAGGUUUUCCAUGGAAACAUGACAGGGUCUUUGAUGUCCCUGUUGUUGUUGCGAGUUGGCAGCCCUAAAGCAGGACGCUGCUCUUCUGGAGCAUCAACACAGGGAAACUUCUGCCUCGUGGGCCCUCUGGUCAUGCGGAGCAUCUCAUCCUGGGUGCAGACUCCCUCCCCUUCUUCCUCCAGGCAAAGGGCAUGAGGUUCGGAGACCCCCUGGGACAGACCAUGAGGAAGGACCUGUGCACUAAGGAGGCAGCAGGGAGUAGCCUGGGGCAAGGCUUGGACAGCACAGACGGGCUGCCGGCGAGCCCCGUGCCCCCCAUGGAGUUUCCUGCGUUCAGCUGGCAGCGGCAGUCUGUUCCCCCGGAAGGCAGCCCCGGCCGCAUCACCAAACGCCGUAGGAAGCUUCUACUGAAAAGCACAGUCGCCAUGCAGCCGCGUAACUCGUCGUCAUCAUUGGCCGGUCCCCUGGACAGCCGGAGGAGGCUGGCCCGGGUCCAGGAGGCGCGCAAGCGGCUGACGAAGGAGGUGUGCGCCAAGUACACGAGCACCAGCAGGAGGACGGUCACGCCGCAGCAUGUGUCCCGCAUCUUUGUGGAGGAUCGGCACAAGCUGUUGUACUGCGAGGUGCCCAAGGUGGGCUGCUCGAACUGGAAGCGGGUCCUCAUGGUGCUGGCAGGCCUGGCGUCCUCCACGCGGGACAUCCAGCAUGACGCCGUGCACUAUGGCAACCACCUCAGGCGCCUGGACAGCUUCGAUCGCCAGGGCAUCGCCCAUCGGCUUCGAACCUACACCAAAGUGCUCUUCGUGCGUGAGCCCUUUGAGAGGCUGGUGUCAGCCUUCCGGGACAAGUUUGAGAACCCCAACACCUACUACCACCCUGUGUUCGGGAAGCCCAUCAUCUCUCGGUACCGAGCCAACGCUUCACAGGCAGCCCUCCGGACCGGUGCCGGGGUGACCUUCAAGGAGUUCAUGCAGUACCUACUGGACGUGCACCGGCCUGUGGGCAUGGAUAUCCACUGGGAGCAUGUGGGCCAGCUGUGCAGCCCCUGCCUGCUCGACUACGACUUCAUCGGCAAGUUUGAGACCAUAGAGGAGGAUGCCAAUUUCCUUCUGCACAGGAUGGGCGCCCCCCACAACCUCACCUUCCCCAGCUUCAAGGACAGGAACCCGCACGCGGAGCGCACCUCUGCUCACAUCACCCGCCACUACUUUGCACAGCUUGACACUUCCGAAAGGCAGAGGGCCUAUGACUUCUACUACAUGGACUACCUGAUGUUCAAUUACUCCAAGCCCUUCAAAGACCUGUACUGAGGCCUGGGCGAGGCUGGCUGUGUUCACCUCUGCGAGGCCACCCCUGUCCUGUCACCCAGAGUAGCAGUGACAGGAAGACGCUGCCCCCCCCCCCCCCCCCAUCAUGCUGCAUUAAUCCUAUAAAAAACUGUUUCUCAAUCUGGUCCUCGGGGACACACAAGCCGGUCCACAUUUUUGCUCCCUCAAAGCUUUCUGUCAGACAGUCCACAUUUUUGCUCCCCAAUGGGUAGUGAUGGGCAAAUGAAGCUUCAUGAACCAAUUGUUAUAUUUUCCGACACCACCAGAAGAUGGUAUCUGUUCAAAAAAGGGUCAAAUUCAUGCCCCAACCAAGAGUGCCAUCUAGUGGGGACAAAACAUACAGAGAAUGGGUCAUGAAACUUAAUUUGCACAUCACUACAACCAGGAGCUGGGAGCGAACAAAAACCUGGACUACCUGUGGAUUCCUGAGGACCGGACUGGGGGAAACUGCUAUAAAACAUUAAAAAAAUGUAUGCACUUUGGAAAAAAUAUGAACUAUUGAGGGCUCUGGGUCUCCCAAAUCUUAAAAUCCCCUAAAUCCUCAAACACAGCCUAAGAUAAAUAUCUUUGAGAAAAUUCCAGUAAAAACAUACAAGAAGCACUGUGGCAGGUACCUCCAAUGACCCCACCCCCACCCCCAACCCCACACCUAUGGACAUCCACACACAGCAGGAUCAGCGGUGUUAGAUGAAUGCUGAUAACACUCCAGAUUUCACUACACAGGAGCAGAACAGUCUAAACCACUUGUAAGAAACUCUGAGCAGAUUUAGAAUGUUACAGAGCUGUGUCCCUUCAAGCCCUUACAUCGAUUCCUACAAAACAGGCUGGUCCCUGUGCAUUUAAUAUGAAGUCCAAAAACACGUCCUUUCAAAAUAUUACAGAUUAUAUAUAUAUAGUGCUCACGUACCUUAAUCCAAAAAUCUUAUUUAAGCCAUUGAUUAUCAGUCUUUUAGAGACAGAUAUAUUUUUUACAUAUUUAUAUAAUGGGUUCCGGCAUAAAGCUUUUUUUCAUUGUGAUCCUGAUUUCUGAAGCCACAGAUUGGUCUCCGUGCAACAUUAUAGCUAAUGUAUGGUAAAUGUCCCAUCUGAACCCUCUGCAGCGUGUUGGAAGAAAGUCCCGCAUGACUGUCCGAUAAAAUCAGACCCCAAGUGCUGGAUUUUUUCCUUACAAUUUCCUUACAGCGAGGAAGCAGAGCAGCAGAGACACAAGGACAGGAGGAUGUGGGCUUAUUAAACCCUGCGUUAAAAGAUGGGAGCAUGUCCUUCCCAGGCAAUAUUAGCCCCUAUCCUGGGAGGGGUGAAUGGCCAGAUUCUGAUCUAUGUCUAUCAGUAUCACCAACAAAGGACCUUUCACACACCGACCAGCAGAGGUCACUGCACUCAAUUUUAUGAAAGCUGUGACCUACAGCAGUGUGUCCCAAUCCAGUCCUUAGAGACCACCCAGACAUUUUCCCCACUCCCAGCUCCCAACACACCUGUACCAAGUAUUCUGUAUUUUUAAUUCACUGGGACUGGGGAGGAAGCAAAAAUGUGGACUGGCUGGGGUCCCUGAGAACAGGGUUGGGAUACACAGGCCUACAACAAUGUUUCUUAAGCCAGUCCUUGGAGACUCCCAGACAGUCCACAUUUUUGGUCCCUCCCAGACAGUCCACAUUCUUGCUCCCUCCCAGCUCCAGGUAAAGUGGACAGUCUGGGGGUCCUUGAGGACUGGUUUGACAAACACUGGCCAACAGGGUAUUUUUGAUAAACGAUGGAAAAGAAAGGGGUCGUGCACUUUUGACCUGAGUGACGUGCUGUGAGAGUCAGUGGUGCUGGGACAACACAGCGCCCCCUACUGUCCCCUCCCACACCUAGUGGGGGGGAGGUCACAUACUCCAGAGACCCCCAUCGGGGUGUGGUAUGAUGACAGAGGGAGGAGCUCGUAGUGGGCGGGAUGUGUACCGACCGUAUGCUGCAGAAGGACAGGGGAGGGAUCUACCUCGUCUUUUCAGUCAGCCUGUGAGAUAUGCUGCAAUUAACCACACAAUAAAUAUCCGGGCCUACAGGCCAUGCUUAUUUAAUUAUCCGUAGACGACACAGAUGGAAGGAAAGAUCCAGAGAGUGAAUGAAAGGAUUCCUUGGAUGAGGAGGAAAAUUUGUAUACGUGGGAUUAUCCUUGUGAACUUACGUUUGUGUAGCACCCAGCCUCUCUGAUUCUGUUGGGCGUUCUGGCCCAGUGGGAGAACACACUGAAUGUCACCCCCCCGGGAGGGGGGGGCUACAGCCCACUGCUGCCCCUUCACCCCAAUUCCCUCCAUGAAACGCCUUGCUCUCGCAUGCGUGUAUGGGAUUAUGGGUGCAAUGCCCCGGUAUCGUGUGUAUGCGGUAAGAAGUGAAUGUAUAGCUGUUUUACUGUCAGUGAACAAAAAUGUUUUUAUCAUAUAUACAUAUAUAAAUAUACGAUGAAGCCCUUUGCCUUAUUUUUCACUGCCAACAAACUGUUGUGUAUCAGGAAAAAGACAUUAAUCAGGUAAGUGACUUGUUUUCUGCUGGGUUGUCUACGAAUAAACAUUUCUGUUUGUCUUUAA